AUGGCAACGCAGAACGGCACAACAGCAGCAAACCUGCCGGUUCUAAUCAUUGGAGCCGGCAGUUGUGGCUUGGCCGUAGCUAAUGGUCUAAAACGGGCUGGGAUCUCAUAUAAAGUUCUCGAAAAGGAUGACUCCGUCAAGCUACGGAGCGAUGGAAAAGAGCGCGACUGGGCUGUAGCAUGCCAUUGGUCGUCGCCUAUUCUUGCGGAGCUGAUUGGACCCGAGAAGUGGUCCCGAAUUCUGGAGGUCCAAGUUGAUCCUAACACGCCAACGCCAGAGCUGGACGUCGGUAAGGUGCUAAAUGGCGCCACGGGUGAGGUUAUCAACGAGCUCCCCUUCCCCAAAUUCUAUCGAUUUCUUCGCUCGCGCCUCCGGGCGCUGAUAUCUGAGAGUAUCGACAUCAGUUACGGCAAGAAGCUCUCAUCCCUGUCCUACGCGGACGACGGCACCUCUGUAACAGCGUACUUCGAGGACGGAACCUCAGAGAAGGGCAGGCUAGUCAUUGGUGCCGACGGUAGCAAUUCCAAAGUCCGGCGACUCUUGGUUGGCGCCGAGAAAGCGAAGUUGAAGCAGCUGCCCUUCAACGCAACGUUCAUCAACGCCUCAUUCACGCGCGAGCAGGCACUAUUCCUGCGCUCAUACCACCCCCUGGCGACAGUCAUAGUACACCCGGACAACAUGAUGUCGUUGCUCGCCCUGCUGGACGCGCCUGACGCCGAUAAGCCCGAAGGGUGGCGCUUCUGUUUCUACAUCUCGUGGGGGGCGUCCGUCGAGGAGCAGGAGGCCGAGGCGGCUGUGAUGGGUGCGAGGGAGAGGCUGACUCAGGCCAAAGAGAAGAGUAAGGUGUACGCUGACCCCCUGAAGAGCGCGCAUGCUUGGUUGCCCGAUGAUCACGAGGCGGUCUAUUGGACAAGGAAUAUGAACUGGGAUCCGAGCUUGCCUGAGCAUGCGUGGGAAAAUCACAGUGGCCUAGUGACGUUGGCCGGAGAUGCUGCGCACCCGAUGACCUAUCACCGAGGGCAAGGCCUAAAUCACGCUCUUGACGACGCUGGCAAGAUUGUUAAACUACUUUCUACCUCAAAGGGAAGGAGUCAAAGCGAGAUCAUCGACGUCUACGAGACCGAGAUGCGGGCGCGUGCUGGUGAAGAAGUGCGGCUCAGCGAGAUGAACUCACGCAUGUUGCAUGACUUUUCUAGACUACAAGAGAGCCCGUUAAUGAAGCGUAGUCUAGCAAAGGGCUCGAUCGACAACCCACAAUCGGAGCCAACUGAGACAGCCUAG